AUGGUUGAUCUUCAUUGUAGUACUGCAUCAGCUGCUACACCUGGCAGUGUUGUUGCUCCAUCUAGUACUAAUCCUAAGGAGAGUGAGAAUGAGGAGACAAGUAAACAUAAAAAGGAUGAGAAAGGGGAGAAGGAUAAUUGUGUGGGUGGCAAACGUCGAAAAAUUACAUCCAUAGUUUGGAAGGACUUUGAUAGGGUUGUCAAAGAUGACAAGGUGACAGCUACUUUGGAUAAUGCAUCCACAAAUGAUGUUAUGAUAAAUCAUCUAAAAGACUGGAUUAGUCGAAAAGGAGCAUUGAUAAAGCAUGGAGAUAUUUUUCAUGUGCGAUGUUGUGCACAUAUUUUGAAUCUUAUUGUUCAAGAUGGAUUAGUAGAGCUUAGAGAUGCACUGAUGAAGAUUCGGCACAUGGUUAAGUGGAUAAAUUCAUCACCAUCAAGAUUUGAGAAAUGGAAGUAUGCUCUGUCUCAAAGUAGAUUGUCUGAUAAAAAGAGUGUUUCUUUGGACGUUCCAACACGAUGGAAUUCCACUUAUGAAAUGCUUCAUAAUGCUUUAGAGGUGAAAAUAGCUUUUGAACGUUUGGCAGAAUUGGAUAACAAUUUCAAGAUUUUGCCAACUAUGGAGGAGUGGGAGAAAUGCCAAAAAAUUGAGCAAUGUCUAGAAAUUUUUUAUGAUGCCACCAUGCACAUGUGGGGUUGCAAGUAUCCUACUGCAAAUUUCUACUUCAAAGAUGUGUGUGAUAUUAUUUCGAAGAUACGUGGAUGGAAACAAAGCAAAGACGAUUGUAUUAGUUCUAUGGCCAUCACCAUGAGAUUAAAAUAUGAGAAAUAUUGGAAGGGUGCUAAUUUGUUUAUGGCGCUUGGGGCUAUUCUUGAUCCUCGCUACAAGAUGACACUUAUUAUGUUUUGCAUGCGUAGGAUUUGUGGGAAUAUUGAUACUGAACAUUAUGUUUCACAAAUCAAAUUUGAUGUGGCUGACCUCUACGCUAAGUAUGCAAGUAAGUUUAGUAGUUCUUGUACUCAAUCUAUUGGGGAUCUCUCUGAUAGUAUUGCUAAUAGGAAUGAGUCUUCUGAUGGAAGUUUUAAGAAAGAGAAAAAAAAUUACAAUGAUGAUUUCAAGAAAUUUGUAGCUGAGGAGUAUAGUGUUUUAAUGCAACCCUCAAAGUCUGAAUUGGAUCGAUACUUGGAAGAAAGUUUAUUUCCUGAUGUCAAUGAUGAUUCUUGCUGUGAUAUUUUACAUUGGUGGAAAGUCAAUGGCCCAAAUUUUCAAUCCUUUCAAGAAUGGCUUGUGAUAUCUUGGCUGUUCCAGCUUCGACAGUUGCUUCAGAAUCUGCCUUUAGUGUUGGAGGUAGAUACAUUACUGAAUCUCGUUCUUUGUUACUUCCGGACGUUGUUGAAGCUUUAA